AUGGUGAACGUCACCAAUGCCAAUGGCAUCACCGGCGCCAACUUCGACGUGUUCGGCACCAAUCGCGUUCUCCCUCGGGCAAUGACAGCAUUCACAGCCAUCGCGUGGUACAACUCGAUUGAGCUCAUCAUCCUUAUCUUCGUCGUAUUCAGACGCGUUGCCCAUGAUCCUCGCAUUUACAACACCCUCCUUACCAUGGGAUGGAUAUUAAUGGUACCCGGACAAUCCAUGGUUCUGUACUCGCGCCUACACCUGAUAUCGCCGAACCUCAGGCUUCUGCGAUCUAUCUUUUGGGUCAUCAUCGUUUCAGCAGUAUGCCUUUGCGUGCCGACCGUAGUCCUGAAUCUACGGUUAUUCACCAAUCACCCCGAGCGAUAUCUCCGCGGCUACAUGGUCAUGGAGAAAAUACAAAUGACUCUCUUCACCAUCCAAGAGAUCUCGAUAUCCUGCAUUUACCUAUGGGAAACCCGCAAGCUGAUGCGCGUUAUUUUCGACGGAAAGGCCAGGAAGUGGAUGUGGCAGCUCGUCGCAAUGAGCAUACUUCUGCUGAUACUGGAUAUCGCGUUGCUUACGACGGAGUUCUUGAAUCUCUACAUGAUACAGACGACCUUCAAAUCACUUGUUUACAGCUUCAAGCUCAAGAUCGAGUUUGCAGUACUCAGUCAAAUCCCGCUCGGCUGUAACGCCCCCGUCGGAUUUGGAGCGCCAAACCAGUACUCGAAAGCCAACGUCUAG